UUUGAAGGGCCGGCGGGCGAGGUUCGUUGCAGGAGGUUGGAUGAUAAGGGAGGUAGAGGCGCGCUCUCGAGCAGCUUCAGAGGCGAGAAUGGAGAGUUGUACCUUUCCUAAGUAUAGUAACAAUGACAUUGUUCUGCACAUCCGCAACUCCUUGCUCGCAGGAAGCGAAGCCAAAAACUUUUCCAAAAGUGACUUAUUUCCAAACGUCAAGCCUGAAGUACUGCAUAUGAUCUUCAUGAGAGCCUUGCAAAUUGUUUAUGGCAUCCGCCUGGAACACUUUUACAUGAUGCCAGUCGCCUUUGAAACAGCAUAUCCCCAGAUUUUUGAAGGCCUCCUACCUGUUAUCAAUCUAUUUAUUCACAUGGAGCAGUUUUUCCCAGUCUGCCGUGUCAAUGACUUCCAGAUGGCUGAUAUCAUAAGUCCAAAAACCAAGAGGACAGCUCAUUUCUUGAGUGGCCUUAUUAACUUCCUUUUAUUCCGUGAUUCCCGCCGUGAGGCCUACCUGGAAAUCCAGAGCACGCAUAAAUUAGCUAUGGAAAAAGUGCAGCAACUUCAGAUGGCUAUCCAGAAGGCAACAUUGAAGCUGGAGAAACUUGAUACUAUCCCUGCUGAUCAACAAGAGGAGUUCAAGGAGCUUUCUCAAGAUAUUCAAGAGUUGCAGCACAAGCUCAAGCAGGAAUAUCAGCAAAAAGCGAGUGCUUUGCAAGAAGUGAUCAGCCAGAAGAGAACGAAAAUUACAGAAAAAACCCAAAAUCUGAAUGAGCUGAAACGUACCAUAUGUGAACUAAAAGAGGAACAAGAGCAGUUGAAGUCCAAGAUCACCGAGUCUCCGGAGGAGCUGACCAGCUCAAAAGAACGUUUAAAGGAGGCACUCCAGAAGAUCAAGAAGGACAAGGAAGAAGUUAUUAAGAAGUAUGAAGUCUACAGAGACCUGGUAGAGAUGCUGCCGUCCUGUCAGACAGAGAUACAGAUGUAUCAGGAGAAAAUGCGAACCCAGGAGGCGAAUGUGGAUAGGCAGUCCAGUGUAAUGGCAGAGAUCCGAACCUUAGAGCACCAGAUUGAGAGCAGCAAAAGCGGAUUCAGAAAUUCCAAGACGGAAGAGAUGUCCUUGAAGAGGCUGGUUACUACAAAACGGGAAAAGCUCACCACUACUGAAAUCAAAAUAAAGAAGAUACGGGAGGAUAUGGAGCAGCGCAAGCAAGCAAUAACCGAGUAUUGCAACAAGUUUCAGGAGAAAAGAGGGGCUGUUUGUGAGAAGCUGACCUCCAUUCACACUGAAAUCAAGCAACUCAAAGCAGGGAUUCAGCAACUAAAUGGCAAGGUUGGAAGAGAGAAAGCAAAAGCACAGGAGAUCUAUCUCAACCUGAGGGUUGGCUUGGAAAAGUACCAUGAAAAUCUGGCGAAGAUGGUGGACAGCUGUACAUCUGCAAGAGAAAGCAAAAUUAUGGAAUUAGAGACUCUUCUGAGUGCAUCAUUCCGCUCUUGAUUUCAUACUCUGCUUUUAUUGCACUUGUUUUUCUGGUGCAGGAGACAGUUUUAAGAGUGGCUUUCUUGGGGCAUUGAUGGGAGGGGAUUGGUCCCCAUUUUAAUGCUGGAGUGAUCCAGCAUCGGGCCUGUUGGAUGGAGCAUGUUCAUACCUUCUUCAUUAUAUUCUCUGCCAGCCAAGUCACGACAGCACAACGAAUACCAGAAUUACGCAAGGUCAACAAUGGGAUUAUUUGCAACUGGUUGGGAGGGCUGUAGAGUGGGUUGGACUUCUUUUUAUCUGGAUAAACUCCAUUUCUGUGUUUACAUAUCCUUUGAUGCCUUCUCUUCUGUGCAUCAGAGAUGAUGCACUUUGUGUUUCCAGAAUGAUCUUGUAAUUUUUUUUUUUUUGUAAUAAAAGAGCCAAGUCAUCUUGGUAAUUAUUUUUGGAUUAACCCAUUGGUUGCAGAAGGUCUAGAAUCUGCAUGGAAUCCUCAGCUGGAGAAGAAUGCAGAGUGGAAGGCAGCAUCCAGGUUGAACGUCUCUAAGCAACAACUGUCCUGGGGCAAGCAGGCAGCAGCCUUCGGGUGAGAGCUUCAGUCAACUUCCACUGGUCUGGCUGGAGGCUUUCUUACAUCUUAAAUAGGAGCAUGUUUUUCUGUGGUGGUAAGGCCACUGCUCAGCCUAAUGUUGCGUGUGCAUCUGAUACACUAUUUUUGCUGUGCAUUUAUGCCCGAGUGCCAUGUAACUCCUGAACUGAAGUUUUUAGUUGCAUUAACCCACUGAAUCUUGAUUAAGUCUUGUUAGCUCGACUUUUAAUUUAGGCUUUGAUAUUUUGCAUUAAAAUAAAAUAAUUGCUUGCA